GUAGUUUAUUGAUUUUUCUUCAUUUUUUAUUUCAUUUUAAGGCCCUAUCAAUUUCCUAUAGCUGCAAACAAGAAGUCAACAGUAAGGCGAUUCCGAGACUUGCUACGCAACUGCCGUUCCUGCCAAAGGAAAGAAGGCUCCUCUGCGGCGUUUUGAGAAGACUGUAAAGCCAGGGCAGCUGGAAUUGCAAAAGAAGAAAAAGAAAAGCCCUGGGCAAAAGGCCGCAAAGAACACCAAAUGGAUUGCAAGUCGUCAACACCACUUCAAUCAGCAGAUCUCGGAUUGCGUCAAUGCAAUCGUUGAGUCUGUUUACAAUAUUGACCACUAAGCACCGCCAAUUGAGGCUAUGUUGAAGGAAAUGUGCCAGCUGCCGCCACUCCUUUCUCCAGUGCCUUCACUUUCAAGUUCGCCGCAGCUUGGUUGCUCAUAUGAGGCUGACUAUGAUGAAAUUAUGGGGGAAUUUUUCGAUGAGUACCCUGAAAUGGUGGAGGAAUCGGAUUAAAUAUUGAUUUAAUAUUUUUUGUUGUUAAUUUAUUUUUUCGAAGUUUGAUUGUACUAGAUAAUUUUGGAAUUGUUUCUAAAACUAACUUGUAAUAUCUUUGUUAAGUAAAGUUGAACUGGGCUAUAGCUAUUUCUUCAGAUGAUGCAAAUAUGGCUGGCAUCGAACCAGUUUCAAAAAAAAUAGAAAAACCGAUAAACCAAUCAUCAGUUGUCCGACACCUUUGUUAUCCAUUAUACUAAGCCGUCUCCUGCAUAGCUUCUGAAUUAAAUAGCAUAGCUUGAGAAUUAAAAAUCUUUUAAUAGAAUUUCAGAUUGGUAAUGGCUUUUGAAAUUUGUCAAAGCAAUUUACGAGGCUUGUUGGAUGAGUGGAUAAGAGAUGAUGGACAGGAGCUAUGCUUGGAACUUCUGCUGAAGAAAAUCUAAUAGAAUUAAUCUCAUCCUUUAAUAAUUUUACCUUUAAAUAUUUAACUGAAUUGUCAAGUGAAAUUGAACAAAUAUCGGAACAACAGGAAGACGAAGAUUUAAAUUAUAACAUUGUUUUGGUUAAAUUUACAAAAAUUUUUUCUUCUGAGGCAACUUUAUUUGGAAAUGCUGUUACUUCUUUUUAUUUUUAUGUUACAAAACAGUCAAAAAAUGAAGGUUUUAAUUUUUUAAUAUUUUAUUAA